GUUGCAAAUGUUUUAGUAUGUAUCAAUGGCAUGUGUCCGCUAGGUCAAACUUGUUCCAUUGGAGUGUGCUUUGAUCUUGAACCAACCACUACAACCACAACUCCGACCACUACAACCACAUCAAGUAACUGUUAUGAAACCGUAAUGCGAACACAGUGCCCCAAAACAUGCGGUUUCUGCUCAGAUGAAGGUAAUAAUGCAUCUCUAAUCAUAUUUUUCUUAAUUAAUCUUCAAUUUUAUGUUUAUCUGUUACAAAAUUCCGACUGCUCUUCGCUUCAAUAUCUUUGUCAAAACGCCGCUUACAGAAGCUUAAUGCAGCAGCAGUGUCCGCGGACCUGUGGCUACUGUACUGCACAGAAGCUUCUGUUUAAAGAAAUUGUGAAACGAAUCAAGUUCAAUGUAAAAAAACUGCUUAAACUCUUUGUUAAUUUAAAAUUGUGGUAA